UUAAGCUUGCUCUAGCAGGCAGAAAGUAGGACUCACCAGUUACUUCUUAACAUUUAAAUAUUAUCGGAAUGAAUGUUUAUUUACCAUGUACAAGUUAGUGCGAGUGUGCAAGCGCCUUGUAAGCAGCGAGGCGAAGGGUCGAGAUAGAUUACAAUGGGUAACACCAGUAGGUCAUCAAACCGAGGUAGUUGUAUACAAUCCGGUAACGAGAUGCAAGGUACCGCUGAUUUUGAAAACGAAGAACGUCCUGAAGUGGUACAUGUGCGGCCCUACGGUGUACGACUCGGCGCAUAUCGGACAUGCAACCACCUAUAUAAAGUCAGAUAUCAUCCGUCGAAUUCUGACGGACCACUUUAACAUAGAUGUUUUACUGGUAAUGGGAAUAACUGACAUUGAUGACAAGAUAAUUAAAUGUGCCCUUGAGAGCAAGCAGGACUUUAAGGCUUUGGCAAGGAGAUUUGAGAUGGAAUUCUUAGAGGACAUGAAUAGAUUAAAUGUUCGUGAACCAUACAUAUAUUGUAGAGUUACAGACUAUGUGCCACGAAUUGUUCAUUUUGUUGAGAAGCUCAUAGCCAGUGGCUACGGUUACAUUUUAAAAGAUGGAUCUGUUUAUUUUGACACAAACAAAUAUAACAGAUAUGGCAAGAUUUCAAUUCCUUCACCCGAUGCUACGCAUCCAGAUAAAAAGUCAACAUUGGACUUUGCUUUGUGGAAAGCAGGCAAAAGUGAUGAACCCUUUUGGGAAUCCCCAUGGGGUCGUGGUAGACCAGGCUGGCACAUAGAGUGCAGUGCAAUUGCAAGUGCAGUCUUUGGAAAUUCCAUAGAUGUGCACAGUGGCGGGAUAGAUCUAGCUUUCCCUCAUCAUGAGAAUGAAGAAGCACAAUCUUGCUGUUACCAUGGUGUUGACCAGUGGGUGAAUUAUUGGCUGCACUGUGGCCACUUGCAUCUGAAAGGUGACGUAAAGAUGUCCAAGAGUCUGAGAAAUACUGUGAGCAUACGUGAUUAUCUCGAUAAGUAUUCAGCGAAUCAACUUAGAACACUUUGUCUACUCUCUCACUAUCGAAAUGGAAUUGAAUUCUCGGACGAGGUUAUGCAGAAUGCGGUAUCCGUGACAAAAAAGAUUGAGAACUUUAUAAGCGACAGCGAUACUUAUACCGCGGGCAAGUUACAAGCUGGCGAGAUUGAUGAAAACCUUUUGCUCACUACUUUACAGAAUACAAGAAGCAAAGUUGACUCAGCACUAGCUGAUGAUUUUGACACGUCGCGGGCGAUGCAUGCAAUUUUAAAUCUCGUGGGAGUAGGAAACAAAAUGUUUCGGCAGAGUGACGCAUCACCACGUAGUGCCAACGUUUACGGUAGCCAUGCGAGCGCUGUUGCCGUAGUUUCGAAUUACGUUUCAAAUACUCUUUCGAAAUUCGGCUUCUCACAAUCCGCAUCAGCGAAAGACCGACAAGUCGAAGAAAUCAUUGAUCAUUGUCUGAGAUUUAGAGCGGCCGUUAGAAACAGAGCGCUUGAAAAUCCAAAGAACGACGCUUUAUUGAAAGCAUGCGACAAUGUGCGAGAAGAAUUGUCCACUUGCGGCAUUCUGGUGAAGGAUAUCAAAGACAACUUCAGUUGGAGAUGGAAGUAGCAUACAAGAACAGUUAUUAUGAAAUUCUGUUAUGGAUGAAAAUGCAUCAAAAUAAAGUAAAAAUAUAUUAUAGUGAUCUCAUUGAUUGGGA